AUCAUCGUCAGAGAGAAAGAAAGUGAUCUCAAAUCAAUUAAUCCUCAGAAAACGGAAACAACAAAAGAAACAUGUCGGCCUCAUCAUCAUCCACUUCUUCCUUUUCACCGGACCCCCAUCUCUCUCCCUCCGACCAGCUCUGCUAUGUCCAUUGCCAUUUCUGUGACACUGUUCUUGCGGUCAGUGUUCCUUGCACCAGCUUGUUCAAGACCGUCACUGUGAGAUGCGGCCAUUGCACCAACCUUCUGUCUGUGAAUAUGCGUGGCCUUCUUCUUCCUCCUGCCAAUCAGCUUCAUCUCGGACACUCCUUCUUGCCCCCUCAGAAUCUUGUGGAGGAGAUUCGAAAUGCACCGUCUUCAAAUUCAAAUAUGCAGAUGAUGAGCCAUCAUCAUCAACUUCCACACCCAAAUGACUCAGUUGUGAGCACCAUGCGUGGAGGAGGAGGACUUGAGGAAACCCCUAAACCUCCCCCAGCUGCAAACAGACCUCCAGAAAAGAGACAGAGAGUUCCAUCUGCUUACAACCGCUUCAUCAAGGACGAGAUCCAACGCAUCAAAGCUGGGAAUCCUGAUAUAAGCCACAGAGAGGCCUUUAGUGCAGCUGCAAAGAAUUGGGCCCAUUUCCCUCACAUACACUUCGGACUCAUGCCUGAUCAUCAACCCGUGAAGAAAGCCAAUGUGCGCCAGGAAGGAGAAGAGGUGCUUAUGAAAGAAGGAUAUUUGGGUCCCACAAACGUCGGUAUAUCUCCCUUUUAACUAUUAAGCGAUCAGUGUCUGUAAUUGUUAGGGUUUCUGCUGCUAGCUGCUGGUUUGUGAUGAAGAUAUAUAUAAAUAGCUGACUCGUUUGUUGUGUUAUCGUUGUUACUUUGUUUGUUGUAGUGUUAUAUAAUUAAGGUGGUUAUUAUGUUAAAUAUGAGGAGGAUGGACUCUGAUGUGAAUGAAGCCUAGUGACUACUGUAAUUGUUUUGAACAUCCAUGAAGGCUCACGUACGUACGUACGGCUUUCUUUCUUCUGUAGAACUAAUGACGAACGGUGUAAUCUCCCAACAU